AUGGUCGGUAGGACUAAGAGAUUCUUUACUCUAAAUAACGGUAACAGCAUACCUGCAAUAACGACAGUGGGGGUCGGUAACAAAUGGACGAAAAUAUAUGGCAUAAGGGAUGGAGCCAAGAAUUUGAUGGAGUAUCUAAAGGAGAUAUUGGCCCUGCCAGGGUUUUUGCACAUUAUGACAGCGGAAUUCUAUCCAAAUAAUGGGCUGUUGAGCGCUGCGUUGAAGGCUUCACAGAAACCGAGGCAUGAAAUCUGGAUCACCGACAAAUACUGUUCCCAGUGCAAACUCUCUUCUAGCCCGAUAGAAGCGCUGGAACGAUCAUUGGAUCGACUGGGGUUUGACUAUGUCGACCUGUAUUUGAUACAUAACCCAUGUUUAGACUCAUCACCGAAUGGGAUAUCUUUAGAGAAGGCAUGGAAACAAAUGGAACUGCUAUACAAGACAGGAAAAGUAAAAAAUAUCGGUGUUUCUAACUUUCGUAUUGAGGAUCUCGAAAGGCUAAAAGAUGCUGAAAUCAAACCGCAAGUGAAUGAGAUUGAAUUCCACGCUUUUCUCCAGAAUCAAACUCCAAAUAUUUAUGAAUACGCAAAGACCCAUGAUCUACUUCUAUGUGGGUAUUCCCCACUGUUCCCACUAGAAACCAAAACAGAAGAUUUUAUGGACUUCCCGUUCUAUCGGUACAUCAUAGGAUUGGCUGAAAAGUACAACAAAACAGAAGCCCAGAUUCUCCUUCAUUGGAUGAAUUGCCUUGGAGUGCUUCCUGUUAUAACCAAUACCAAAGUUAAGUGGUAUAAAGAAGCCUCCGAUAUCAUCAGUUUUGAGUUGACCUCAGAGGAACUCGAUAUGAUAACAGAACUGGGCAAAAAGCAUAAGCCUCACAGGAAGCACUUUGUGAAGGAGUACAUGAAAUAUAAUUCAGAAGCCCACAUCGCAUGA